AGCUCUCGCGAUAUGUGCCUUUGAGGCUCGGCUCUCUCGCGGUAUCUCGGAGCUCUGGGAGAAGGAGGCGGGUUCCUUGGGGGCGGCGACGCUGAGGUAAAAUGGCGGACGAAGAGGGUAGCAACGGGGACGCUUCAGCCUUGCCGGUCGGGAAAGAAGCAGUGGAUCGUUUGAUCAAAGAGAACAGCCACAUCUUCACAGAUACGCAGUGCAAAGUGUGCAGUGCAGUGCUCAUCUCUGAGUCCCAGAAGCUAGCUCAUUAUCAGAGUAAGAAACAUGCAAACAAAGUUCGACGGUAUAUGGCUAUCCACGGUGAGGAGGAGAUCAGCCAAAGCAAGAAGAUAAAGCUGGAUACAAAGCAGCAGAGCAGCAAUGGAGAAGACAGAAACAAAUGCUGUCCAGUCUGUAAUAUGACUUUUUCAUCACCUGUCGUGGCUAACUCCCACUACCUAGGCAAGACCCAUGCCAAGAAUCUGAAGCUGAAGCUGCAGUCUCCUAAAGCAGAAGCUGUACCUGCUCAGAAACAACCUACUAUCCCUCCUCCCACUACUGUAUCCUCUAAUGAAGAGAAUCAAAACACUUCUGACCCAGACAAAUUCUGCAGUCUCUGCCAUGCCACCUUCAAUAAUCCCCUGAUGGCAAAACAGCACUACGUAGGCAAGAAACACAAAAAGCAGGAGACCAAGCUUAAGCUAAUGGCACACUAUGGAAGAACAACUGAGGAACCUGCUGCCUCGACAGCUGGGAAGGGGUAUCCCUGCAACACCUGUAAUAUAGUACUGAACUCGAUAGAACAGUACCAAGCUCACAUCAGUGGCUUCAAACACAAGAACCAGAUACCAGGAGCAGUGCCCACUACAGGACGCUACCAGAAGCAGCAGUACACACGAGAGGAGACGGCAGGCCCUGAUGGCUACAGUUAUUUCAGCCAAGACCUCUAGAGCAAGCUCCAGCACUGUUUUGGAUUGCCAGCAGUCCCAAAGUGAACAUAUUUGAUCGACUCACUAUGGUUUUAUUGUUCCUCUGGCUAAAUGAAACCCUCCUAUCCUGCAGUGCACAGAUUUAGCUGAUUCAAAACGAACAACUGGCUAAAGGAUCUAGAAGGAACAGAUUCACUAGUUGGCGUUUGCUCAGUCCUUUAGAGUAGUUUCCAUUGUGUAAUCUCUUGCUGUAAUGACUGACGGGUGGCGGGGGGGCAGUCUUGUGUAUGACACAAGCAAGACUUGGCAUCUGCCAGUGCUCUCUCUUAGACCCAUCCUCUUUCCCUCUGGCCAGAAGAAGCAGAACCAAGUUCUACACCUAGUACCAGCCAGAGGAGAUCGACCUUUAGAAAAAAGCUUGUGAUUCUUGGUAACACAGUGCUUGUUAAGUGUAAGGUGUGGAAUGGGCAGAAGUGGAUGGACUGAUACUCCUUGACUGGAAUGGGGAGUUACAGCACUGUGUUUGUCUUUCCCCUUCCAUUAUUGGAUUUGUGUGCAGAGUUUCUUAGGUCACCGGUUUGCCAUUUGCAUAUUUUCUUUUUUGUAGUUCUGCAGAUGUUGUUUCUGGAGCAUCUGGUGUUCUGUUUAAUAAAGUUGUUUCUGUUUAAUUAUA